GGAGUCAUUAUCCUCUCGUCUUGUUUAGGUUUUCUUAGUGAGGGUAACCCUUUGCUCCUGUCACUGAGAGCUUAAACAACCCAAAGAUGAAUCGGGAAAAGUUGAUGAAGAUGGCUGGUUCUGUCAGAACUGGUGGAAAGGGUACCAUGAGAAGAAAGAAGAAGGCUGUCCACAAAACAACAACCACAGAUGACAAAAGGCUUCAGAGCACCCUGAAGAGAAUAGGGGUGAAUGCCAUCCCUGCAAUUGAGGAGGUCAAUAUCUUUAAGGAUGAUGUAGUUAUCCAGUUUUUAAAUCCUAAAGUACAAGCAUCUAUUGCUGCUAAUACUUGGGUUGUUAGCGGUUCUCCACAAACAAAGAAAUUGCAGGAUAUACUCCCUAGCAUUAUCCACCAAUUAGGUCCCGAUAACUUGGAAAACCUGAAGAAGCUAGCCGAGCAAUUUCAGAAGCAGGCUCCUGAAGCAGGUGGUGGUUCAGCCACAGCACAAGAGGAGAAUGAUGAUGACGUCCCAGAGCUUGUUCCGGGAGAGACUUUUGAGACAGCUGCUGAGGAGACCAAGGCUUCUUCUUAGAGUUUUAUUUGGCCAUCAUCAUAUAUUUCCUGUGUUUUUAAUAUUUUUUACCUUGAUUUUCCAUCUUAAGUAUUUCAGGUGGUGUUCAGUUCUCCUGUUAUAUACUUGAAAAAGAGUUCAAAUACUAUUAAUUAAAUCUGCUUUCCGUCAUCUAACUAAGUAUUACGACUUGACUGCUCCUGUCAUUCUAAGUUCUCACCAUCGUUAGUCUCCAUCUUUGUUCAAGGGUGAUGUUAGCUAAGAUACGUCUCGUUCCACACAUUCGUUCUUGAGUUAA